UCAAAGAAGUAUCGUGACACAUCUCAAGAAGAGAACACAAUACAGAUUAUUACUAUAUUUUUUUUCUUUCAUAAUUAAUGUUAUCAUUUCAAUUUUUUUUUUUUUUUUUUCGAGAUCAAAGCCUAAAAAGAGAAGGUUAAGGGUAUGGUGUAAUUAAGCCAAAAUAGGUUGACUAAAUGAGAGGAGAGAUGACGAAUCUAACCACAUAUAUCAUAUCAACUCUCUCCUCCAAAGACUCGAUCUUUCAUUUUGAAGAAGUUGGUUCAGAUGCUAUUUGGGAUGAUUCUUCUACCUCAGAGGAUGUUGAUGGUGGACCAAUCCAGGAGUGUUUCAUCCAUGUCAAGAAUUGUGCUGCAAAAGAAAGUGGUUCUAUGGCACCUUUGUGGGCGCCUGGGACAUCAUUUUAUGUGCCUCCAGGAAUUUCUGGUGCUCCUGUCACGCUUGGUCCGGCUGCUCCCACAUUACCAUAUGUACCCCCCAUGGAUGCUCCUUCACAGGGACCAUGGUUGCAUCCUCCACAGAUUGGCGGCUUGACGAGACCAUUACGAAUGUAUCAUGCAUCUUGUGGUAAUCUAUGGGAGAGUUCAGGGAUGCAAACUGAUUUACCUCAGGAAAUUGAUGACCUCAAGGAUGACACUGCCCUCAAUGACCAAUUGGAUGUCAUGACUUCUAAUACGACAGAAACAAGGGCUGUAUACAACUACAAUAUUCUUACAGGGAAAUCUACGCAUGAGAAGCCUUCUGGUUUUGACAAAGAGGUAUAUAUCCUUAGAACAUUUGUUUUCUUCUUAUUAUGCAUUUGAAACUCCUUAGAUCAGAUAUGACAUUCCCAACAGUAAGGAAUCUUCUAAAUAUUUUGGUUUUGUCUUCUUUUAUUUUUUACGAAUCCCUCCGUAAGGAAUCUUCUAAAUAUUGUAAAUAUUUUGUCAGAGGCAUUGGAGUCGAAAGGUUUAAAAUGAACGUGAACUAAAAUAGAGCAUAUGAAAUGUAAAUUUAAGAAUGAUGCAGAAAAUGAUAAUAUAGUGAUAACUAUUCAACAC